AUCAAAAUAAUAAUCAAAAUAAUAAUCAAAAUAAUAAUCAAAAUAAUAAUCAAAAUAAUUGAGUCUAGAAUCUACUCACACUGUAUUUCCACCAGCCAAAACCAAACUUGAUUUUUUCUCCAUAAGGAAGUUCAGCCAAUGUUCACAUUUAUUUAAAAAGGACAUGUUCAGUUCUAAGAUACUAGUUUGUCUAAUUUGACAGUUUAUUGUGAACGUAUCUUGUCAAUAUAUAAUACCUUAGAACAUAUUGUGAACGUAUAUUGUCAAUUUAUAAUAACUUAGAACGUUUUGUGAAUGUAUCUUGUCAAUAUAUAAUACUUUAGAACGUAUUGUGAACCUAUUGUCAAUAUAUAAUACCUUAUAAGGUAUUGUGAACGUAUUGUCAAUAUAUAAUACCUUAGAACGUAUUGUCAACGUAUUGUCAAUAUAUAAUAACUUAGAACGUAUUGUAAGCUUAUUGUCAAUAUAUAAUAUCUUAGAACUUACUGUGAAGGUAUUGUCAAUAUAUAAUACCUUAGAACGGAAUGUGUUCUUCUUUGUACAUAUAAGAAUGGUGACCACCGUACUUUAUGUAGUAUAUCAAAACGAAAAGAUCCUUUUUUUAAUUAAAACGAUCCAUUCCUAAGUAUUUGGUGUAUAUACUAGGUUCCACAAAGAAGUUAAAAAGCCUUUAAAAUCAGAAAUACUUACGAGGAAGUUUGGUUUUGGCUGGUGGAAAUACAGUGAAAUACUUGAAUUGUUUUUAACAAGGUUUAGUCUUUAACUUUUCGUAUUAUUCGCAACCUGUCAAAUAGAUUGUUUAAACUUUAAUAAAAUUGACCCGUAUGUAAACAAAAAGAUAAGUCAAUCUUCUAAUAGAAAACAGAAUUUCAUUGCGUAAUUAUAUUUGCGUUGAUUUCUUUUCAAAAUUAACAAUUAAUAUUUUUAACAAAUAAACAUUAAAAACAAUAAAAACUAGAACUUUUAAAAAUUAAAAUUAUCCGAAAUUUUCUAAAAGAAUUUGAAAUGUUUAAGUUUGUUUAUUCCUAGGGACAAACUCUCCUGGGCUUUCCGAAUGUAUGACGUGGAUGGGAAUGGAUCGAUAGAUCUCGAGGAAAUGGAAAGAGUGAUAAAAGGUGUUUAUCUGAUGUUGGGUCAUAAUGACAAUGGACAAGCUGAACAGAUAUUUGCUCGGAUGGACAAGGAUGCUGAUGGGAGAGUAACUGAAGAAGAGUUUAUGAAUGCUUGCUUAGUUGAUUCUCAGCUGAUGAGCCUCAUCGCACCAUCAGUACAACCCUUAUAAUAUUUUUGAAAAAGCGAAAUUUCAUGUUUGACAUUUUUUAUUAUUAAUGACAAUUUUAUCUAUAAAUGUAUCAAUAUUUGUGGCUAAAUAUUAUGGAGACACUAAAAGAAGAGAUUUAAGAUUGUCAACAUAGUUUUGAGUUUAUGACUGCGCAGUAAUUUUAAGUGUACAAAGAAAUUUUAAAUUUGACUUAAAAGUUCGAACUUGUUUUCUAACACCUGACUAUUUACAUUUUGUGUGAAUGUUUACUCGGAUUUGUCAUAUUUGUUAUCUUUAUGGGCUUCAGUUUAUCUCUUACUAAAUGUACAGGGUUACCAUCAAAGGAUGAGAUUGUAAAGACGACUUAAAACCUGGAAAUAUAACGACCCCAAGUUUAAUUAUUUGUGGAUGUGGUUUUUAAUGACUUAUUUAAUGACUUGACAAAGAAAGAAAAAGCCGGGAAUCAUGAAUAUAAGGAAAGAGACAAUAUACAUUUUAAACAGUCGUCUCUGAAGUCUUAUCUUUUGUGGUGAACCCUGUAUGUUAAUUUCAAAUUAUCCUUUAAACUAUAUCUCACAAAAAAGUGUUUUGUUUGUUCAGCAAACUUGAAACAAACGAUUAAAUAGACUGCUGACGUAAAUUCAAGUAACCCUCCAUUGGAUAGGAAGGUCUUUUGAGAUUACGCUUACAGUCCCUUUAAGCAAAUUAAAUUUCUUAAUUCCUACUUGCGUUUCAUUGCAAUAUUUUUCUCUAGAUAAUUUAAAAUUCGGUUUAAGAUGCUCUAAACCUUCACAGAGUAAACAAAUCGGUGUUUAUAGUUCCACAUUUUUUGAAAAUAUAUUUCGGUCUGGGUUGGACCCUCGUCAGCUCUUAGAUUUGUUCUUGUCAUGAAGAUUCAAAACAAAAAUGCCGAAUUCCAUGAGUCAUUGUUACAUACAGUAAUAACCAGAAAACGGUGGAAUAGGAAGACGACAUUAAAGUAAUGUUUGAGUGUACUUGAAGUUGUUACAAAGAAGAUAGUUGUAGAAGUAGCUUGUUUUGUGAAAUAGGUCUGCUUGCAGUUGCACUGUACAGUUCCUGUGUCUCAUAUUCAUUAAUUGAGUCUUAAAGUCGUCUUCCUAUUCCAGAGUUGUCUGGUUAAUACUGUUUGCAUAUUAUAAUUAUUAGAAAUAUCAUUUUUAACAAAUGAAACAUAUUUAACGGGUGGUUCAUUUGUGUUACUAAUUUCCAAAAAAGGGUAAAAUAUGUUUUGUUCAAAAUCAUCGAACUUUUUUACAAUUAUUUUUUAACCCUAUUAUUCAGGCUGACGUUUCCUUUUAACAAGAUAAGCUUUUUUCUUAUCGUGUUGUCAUACAAAUCUAUUAUAUUUAAUACAUUUUUAAAAAGUCAUUUGGCUUUAAUUUGAUUAAAGUAGAGCAAAUCCAAUUGCAAAUCUGCAAAAAAUUUAUGCAAAUUUGCAAAAAUCCAAACAUUCAGAGCAAAAUCCAGUAAUUUACGUCCCCCUCCCCUGUCGGAAUAGGAUUUAAUUCCAAUUCUAAUAUGUGCUAAGUUAAUAAAAAUGUAUUAUGUAAAAAAUAUAUUUACACCUAGGAACUCUUACCUA